CGACGCGCCCAGCUCGCGGGCGGCUAGGUCGCUGCGGUCCCCUCCCGUCGGCCCGGCGGCCCUGCGCUCGGACGCGGCGGGGCGUGCAGAGCCCGAGCGGGAACAAAGAGGCACCGGGCAGCGAGCGUGCGCGUCCCGGCCGGGGCUCAGAGCAGCCCGGGCCCCGCCGCCGGCGCCCAACUUCUCCCCGGCAAACUUCUGCGUCUCCCGCACCUCCGCCCGCCAGCCGCUGGACUCGCGCCGAGGCGGCAGCCGGAGCCAACGGGAGCACCCGGAGCCGUGAGGCGGACUCGGCCCGGCCGGCUCUUCAUUUGAUUUUACUUUUCCCUUAUUUUUUGCCCUCCAGGAAGUGGACUUUUCAUGCUCUUCUGACUGAUUCUGCGGCGCUUUCUCGGAGCCCGUGGCCCGGCUUCCUGCCUCCCCAAGCAGGCUCCGUCCGCGCCCAGACCUGUGCGGUGGCGAGGCGCGGGGACGCGGGGCGUUCUCGCCCGGACCCCGCCCGGCCCGGCACGCGCAGCCCCCGGAGCCCCUCGGCGCCGACGCCCCCUUCCUGCUGUCGCCCCGGGGCUCCGCAGCCCAGCGGGGUCGCACGGCCGCCGGGAUGCCCCAGCUCUCGGGGGGAGGCGGCGGGGACCCGGAGCUCUGCGCCACGGACGAGAUGAUCCCCUUCAAGGACGAGGGCGACCCCCAGAAAGAGAAGAUCUUCGCGGAGAUCAGCCACCCCGAGGAGGAAGGCGACCUGGCCGACAUUAAGUCCUCCUUGGUGAACGAGUCUGAGGUGCUCCCGGCCGCCAACGGGCACGAGGUGACCAGACAAGCCUCUCAGGAGCCCUACCACGAAGAGGCCCACGAACACCCGGAUGACGGAAAACAUCCAGAUGGAGGACUCUACAACAAGGGGCCCUCCUACUCCAGUUACUCCGGCUACCUGAUGAUGCCAAACAUGAACAGUGACCCGUACAUGUCAAAUGGAUCCCUUUCUCCGCCCAUCCCGAGGACAUCCAACAAAGUGCCCGUGGUGCAGCCUUCGCACGCUGUGCACCCCCUCACGCCCCUCAUCACCUACAGCGACGAGCACUUCUCUCCCGGGUCGCACCCAUCACACAUCCGGUCCGAUGUCAACUCCAAGCAAGGCAUGCCCAGACACCCUCCGGCCCCUGACAUCCCCACCUUCUACCCCCUGUCUCCAGGCGGCGUGGGACAGAUCACCCCUCCUCUCGGCUGGCAGGGCCAGCCUGUUUACCCCGUCUCGGGUGGCUUCAGGCAGCCCUACCCACCCUCCCUGUCGGUCGACACCUCCAUGUCCAGGUUCUCCCAUCACAUGAUUCCUGGCCCGCCCGGUCCCCACACGACCGGCAUCCCGCACCCGGCCAUUGUCACACCUCAGGUCAAACAGGAGCACCCCCACAGUGACAGCGACCUGCUGCACACGAAGCCUCAGCAUGAGCAGAGAAAGGAGCAGGAGCCCAAAAGGCCUCACAUUAAGAAGCCUCUGAACGCAUUCAUGUUGUACAUGAAAGAGAUGCGGGCCAACGUGGUGGCCGAGUGCACGCUGAAGGAGAGUGCGGCCAUCAACCAGAUCCUCGGCAGAAGGUGGCACGCCCUGUCUCGGGAGGAGCAGGCGAAGUAUUACGAAUUAGCACGCAAGGAGAGACAGCUCCACAUGCAGCUGUACCCAGGCUGGUCGGCGAGAGACAAUUACGGUAAGAAGAAGAAGAGGAAGAGAGAGAAGCUGCAGGAGUCCGCGUCAGGUACAGGUCCCAGAUUGACAGCUGCCUACAUCUGAGACAUGGUGGCAAACGCAGCUCAUUCCCAACGUGCAAAGCCAAGGCAGCGACCCCCGGACCUCUGCUGGAGAUGGAAGCUUGCUGAAACCUAGACUGUCUCUACGGCUUCCCCAGGUGACCCCGGAGUGUGGACACCAGCCUGCCCCCAGGUCCCUGCUAGAGACAGCUCCAUGGAGACAAUCACUGCCACCCCUCGGUGACUGCCGCAGCCGAGGUCCAGAAGAAAGCAUCAAAAUGGUUGUUUUUUUAAAAAGGAAGUUGCAAAGCCCAGGAGAGUGCCCACAGGCCCCGGCCAGCCAGAAGCUUCCCUCCCGUCCCUGGUGCACUUUGAAGCACCUGACGCCCCAGUGCCCCAGGCAAGGACAGAACCUCGGCUGCCUUUGCCUGCCAGGCAACCGGAGCCAGCAGCCAGUGAGUCCAUCCAUCCAUCCGUCUGUUGGUCACACCCCAGCGGAGGAAUUCGUGGGAGCGAUCCCUGUUUCUGUCUUCGUUUUUCCUUUCUCCUAAUGCUUUUAUUUAACAGUGCAAAACUUUGAUUGAUUUUAUGUUCACUUGUUUUUUUUUAAACUUGAAUUUUAAAAAAUUUUACACUUUUUAGUUUUAAUUUUCUUGUUGUAUAUUUUGCUAGCUAUGAGCUUUUAAAUAAAAUUCAGAGGAAAGGUCGGGAAAGGUUUGAAAUAAAAACAGAUGAACAGAAGUCUUCUCUCUCUGAGAGAUCUUGUCCCAGAAGCAGCUUCUCUGGCAGCUGCCUAUCCCAGACGGCAGCCUCUGUCCUUGUGGUGUCCUCCUCCAGAGCCACGAAAACGUGACAGCCCAGACUACUGUGGGCAGCGGUGGGCACUCCUAUUUCACUUAGUUUCUCUUGAGUUUUUUUUUCCUUUUUAAAAUGGUAACUGCACAUACUUCAGACUGGUUUGCAGUGACUUCAUUUCUCUUUUUCACUCCCUUGUAAAAAGCCCAGCACUUGGAUUGUUACUUUCAAUGUUCUGUAUUUGUAUCUGUUUCAUUAGGCAGUUAGUGGGAUUUUAUGCCAGUUGUUAAAAUGAGCAUUGAUGUACCCAUUUUUUUAAAUACCAAGGCGCAGCCUUUGCCCCCAACUGUUAUCUAACCUUUGUCAUUCCAGUUUGAGUUAACGUGCUGAGGAUUUUUUAAAAGAAGCUUUGUAAUAAAACAUUUUUGAAAAGAAA